UUCAUUCCCUCACUGCCGCUCGGCACUGGGCUCACAUCUUACCGUUCUUGUCACGGUUUGAAGGCGUUGGACUUCUGAAAGUGGUAUUCGAGGAUGUUUUGACAGAGGCGGCAUUGGUUUUCUGCUGAGAAAUGUGUGAGCCGGUUGGAUUUUCCGUCCACCUCUCCGAGGCAUUUCAUUGAUGAAAGAUUGUGUCUGAAUGAAACUGCAGGAGUCUCAGAGAGCAGCAUGGCUGGAGAUCUUGUAGUUGGGAUACUUUAUAACUUAUUGCUCCCUCUGCUUCUGCUGACCGCUUCUACAUUUCGCUAUAAUGGCCUCUCGGUGGUGUAUUUUCUGUUUCUGCUCACCGUGCCACUGCUGCCAAACCCGAGCCUGGUCACCCUAAAAGGUAAAACCGGACAGUUCCUUCGGGCAAUAAUCUACACUAGUGUGACCUUCCUGACCCUGCAGUGCUUCAUGCAGAUCCCCUUCAGCUACCUCCCUCCACACGUUGCUGGGAUCUGGGAAGAUUUCCUUUACCACUUAGGAAUUGUGAGAUUCAGUUCGGUCGACCCUGCAAACAUCGUGCGACUCCUGGCUCCGGAUCUCGGCCUUUUCUGCUCUAUCCUGUUCCUACUGAGGCUGUGCCGAAAACUGCUGCGCCCUCUGCCCCAAGUCAGCCUCCACGAAAAUGGGAUCCCUCCUUCAGUCCCGGAGGAUGUGGAAACCUCGGACUCAGAGUCAGAAUCAGAGGGAGGAUAUGAAACAGAGCCCUCGUCCUUCGACAGCUCCGAGGAGACCACCCUGCCGGUUCAGUCCGGUCCGCCGCAGUUCGUCCAGAAGCUGAUAAUGUUCGCGGCCGGACUGAGGCUGCUGCUGUCAGCCAUCAUGAACACGGCGGGAAAAGUGGUGGUCACUCUGCUGCUGGGGCUGGCAGGUAUCAUACUGCCUUCCCUCACCUCGGGAGUGUACUUCGGGAUGUUUUUAGGACUGGUGUGGUGGUGGAUAUUCAGUCGCCCCAUCACCAUGUUGCUUUUCACCUGCCUGUGUGUGAUGAUGGCCAUCUUCAGCGGAGGACACCUGCUGGCUCUUUACCUCUACCAGCUGCCCCUGUCCCAGCAGCUCAUCCCGCCAGAUGAUGUGUAUGCAAGGUUGUUCGGUAUGACGGGAGUGGUCCGGACCAACAGUACCCAGCCCCACAGUCUUGGUCUGCAUCCACACGUCAGCUGGCCUGACUUCAUCAACCCCUUGGUUCUUCUGCUGCUCUACUACACGCUGGUGGCUCUGCUGCACAAAUGGGUCCACAUCACAGAGGAGCUUAGCGAGACUGAUAUUGCUGAUGUUGACAGAUCUGAGAGUCCAUUAGAAAGCCCAGAAGCUCCCCCAAGCUUCUCCAGGGUCAUCUACAUCACAGGAGAUAAGCAAGAGCUCCUGAGCAGCACAGAUGAAGAAACCUAUCUGCCCGAUGAGCCGAUGGUCUUGAUGACUGCAGGUUCCUGGCAGAACGUCCACAGCAACAGUCUUGGUUGUCUGUUGGAGGGAGCCGGCUACACAAACUGCUACACUCCGUCUUUCCAUGAAGAUAAGGACUCUCCUUCACUUGGGGCAGAAAAUGACGGAGAGAUGGAGGAGAGGAGUGAGGAGGUCACCAGGAGUCGAACAGAGACCUCACCACCCCCUGCAGGCCCCAGUGGCCUGGUUAUCUUUGGACGUCUGCUGCAGAAACACAGCUAUGUUAGCGCCCUGGUCAUCAUGAUGGUGUGGAGCAUAACUUACAACAACUGGCUGACGUUCGCCCUGCUGGUGUGGUCCUGCUUUAUCUGGAUGAUGCGGGACCGCCGGCGAUACGCCAUGAUGUCUGCCCCUUUCCUGGCCAUCUAUGGCACCGUCCUGGUGGUGCUGGGCUUCCUGAGCGGGCUGCGUCUGAGCCGAGCCGAGCUGUAUCCCGGGCUGCCUCCAGCGGUGAUAGUGGACUUUGACCUGAACAGCUACCACCCUGCACCGUGUAUCCACCUGGGAGCCAAGGUCUUCUACACCUUCAGCUUCUGGGUGAUGUUUCGCCAGCAGCUGAAGGAAAGAGAGGAGGAACGGAGCAUGAAGAAGGAAUCUCUCGAAGAUAUCAAAGUCAUGUCCCCGGAGGAAAGUGAGCCAUCACCUCUAAUAGCGAUGCUGAUCUCAGCUGUCAAAGGGAUUCUGAUCAAAUACUGGAUCCUGUUUUGCUGCUCCAUGUUCUUCAUAGUGAGCUUCUCUGGAAAGGUGGUUGUAUACAAAAUCCUCUACAUCGUCCUCUUCCUCCUCUGUGUGGUUCUCUAUCAGAUCCGUUACGAUGUCUGGCGUCAGUUUCUGAAGACGUUCUGGGCUGUGGUGGUGGGUUACUCCAUGGUGGUGCUGAUAGCCAUCUACAUGUAUCAGUUCAGAAGUGUCUCUGCCCUGUUCAGACAGAUCAUGGGCAUGUCAGAGGAGGGGCUCCGUGACCUGGGUUUGGAAAGAUACAGCACAGCCGAGCUGUUUGCACGUAUUCUGCUUCCUGCUGCCUUCCUUUUGGCUUGUAUCCUCCAGCUGCAUUACUUCAACUCCGACUUCCUCUCUCUAACUGACCUGGAAAACGUACCUGUUCGGGAGACUUCCAGAGAGGAACAACUCAAGAGUUCAGUCAAUAUAAUAGCAGACAUCAUUAAAGAAAACAUUGAAAAGUUACAGAAAAGGCUUGUAAAGGAGCAGACAGGGGAUGGUAGGAGUCAGGAGACUCUGACCAGCGUCGGCCUGCAGACCCCCUCUGAGAAAGGAGCAGAUGAGCAGCAAGAGACAGCAGAAGAAGAAACUGUGCCAAGCAGCCGUGAGGAGAAGUGGGUCAUGAUAGUGGACCGGGCGAGUCUGCUCACCAUCCAGGCGGUGUCUGGACUCCGGCGGCUCCAGGAGCUGAUCUGGAGACUCAUGGAGCUCCACAGCCUCAAAAUCGUGUCUUCUGGGAUCAUCUGGGUGUCGCUUCAAGAGGUUUCACUGAUGAACUUCCUGUUUCUGGUCCUGUGGGUGUUUGCGCUCCCAUUCCCACGAUUGCGUCCCUCAGCCUCCAGCAUCUCGGCGGUGUGGGCCUGCGUCAUGGUGGUCUGCAAGAUGUUUUACCAGCUCAAAGUGAUCAAACCUCUGGAUUACUCCUCCAACUGCACCGCGGGCUUACUGGCCUCCAACACGUCUGGACUGGAUGACGGAGCGGACGUGAGGGGAAACCUGGUGGAGCUGCUCAGGAGGUCCAUUCUCUACGUCGAACCUGUUGACCCGGUCUACUGGUGUGGAUCCCUCAGAAAGUGCGAGGGGAGAAUCCUCCCCUGUCUGAGGAACCAUUUGAUGGUACUCGGGCUGCUUGUAUUCGAGGCGACCGUCCAUCGCCACCAGCUCUACUUUCGCCUCCGUAACGACCUGAAGCCUCCUCCCUUCAGCAUCAUCUUCCAGUUCAUCACGAGGCAGCACCUGGAUCAAGGCGUCCUGCCCUGCAUCAAAUACUUCAUCAACUUUGGCUACUACAAGUUUGGACUGGAGAUCAGUUUGAUUGUGGCUGUAAACGUCAUCGGCCAGAGGAUGGAUUUCUACGCCUUGCUCCAUUCCUGUGCUUUGAUAGCCGUCGUGUCUCGGCGCCGCAGAAAGGCGAUAGGAGAGGUUUGGCCCAAAUACUGCUGCUUUACAGCCGGGCUCAUGGUGUUUCAGUACCUGCUCUGCAUCGGCAUCCCUCCUGCUUUCUGUGUUGAUUACCCCUGGAGAACUGCUGCUCAGCCUUUGAGCUCUAAUGUCAUAAAGUGGUUUUACCUGCCAGACUUUGCAAUGAGACCCAACCCAGCCUUCAUUUUCUACGACCACCUCCUGCUGCUGUGCUCGUCUCUGCAGUGGCAGGUUUUUGUGGAGGAGAACCGAGCCGCCGUGCGACUUCUGGCCGGAGACAACGUCGAGAUCAGCCGCAGCUUGGACCCGUGCUCCUUCAACCAGUUCAUACCUGUCGACAACUUCCUUCACUGCAGGUCCUACCUGGACAUGGCGAAGGUGUUUGUUUUCGGCUAUUUCUUCUGGCUGGUCCUCUGCCUCAUCUUCAUCACAGGCACCACACGCAUCAACAUCUUCUGUCUGGGCUACCUGGUGGCCUGUUUCUACUUCAUGCUGUUUGGUGGCAGCGUGCUGAUGCAGCCGGUCAGAUACAUCCUCCGCCUGUGGGACUGGCUCAUCGCCUACACCUGCUUUGUGAUCGCCAUGAAAAACUUUCUGUCUCUCGGGGCUUGUGCGUAUCUGGACAGCCUGCUGAAGAACAGCUGCUGGUUAAUUCAGGCCUUCAGCAUGUUUUGCACCAUCAAAGGCUACGAUGUCCCCGAGCCUACCGAGGAGUGCGAGCUGCCGGAGGGCGAGGCCGGCAUCGUCUGGGAUGCGAUAUGCUUCACCGUCCUCCUGGCACAGAGGAGGGUCUUCCUCAGCUACUACUUCCUCUACGUGGUGUCGGAUCUCAAGUCCGCCAAGUUAUUGGCAUCGAGGGGUGCUGAGCUGUUUGAGGCCAAAGUGAAGAAGCUGGUCGCAGCCAGACUGGAGAUGGAGCAGAAAUCUGUCGAGGCACUCAAGAGACAGAUGGAGAAGAUCAAAUCCAAACAGAAGACUCCUCCCGCUGCCUCGGACAAGGCCGAACCCCCAGCAGAUCAGCAGCAGGCCACGCUGGAUGAUGAGGAGAAGGCAAAGAGAGAUGCAGGAAAGUGGUGGAAGCCUUGGGUCUCUCAGCCUGGAGUGGAAAACAACUGUGGCUACCACCUGUUUGAGAGCGACAGCGAGGAAGAGGAGGAAGAAGUUGCAGACACGAAAGAGGAAGAGGAACCACCGAAGAAGAAAUCAGCUCUUCAGUGGGCAUAUAAUGCCUGGACCACCAGCUCCAAAUCAGCUCUGAAGGACCUAAAGAAUGAAAAGAAAAGCAUAAAGAAGGAGGAGAAGAAGAGGGCAAAGACAGAACUGCGGAAGCAGCAGGGCAUUGACAGAGCCGAUUCCAGUGAAGAUGAACUGGAUGAAAGUGCUGUGGAGGAGGAGGGACAGGAGGACCGAGAGAACAUCCUGCAGCGCAUCCUGAGCACGCUGAAGUUCACCUGGGUGUUUCUGCAGUCCCUCACUGACGAUCUGACGGAUGGUCUGAACGCCUUCUGCAAAGACAGCCUGGACAUCUCCAAGGUGCUGAGAUUAGAGCGCGCAUUACUCAACCAGCAGCAAAAGAAGGGAAAAGAAGUGAGUCAGGAGAGCGUGAAACAGUUUUAUGAAACCUGGAUAUCCCGUCAAAACACCUUGUCAUCAGAAGAAGGUCUGGACGCUCUGUCUCCUCCUCUCACCCCACCUGCCGCCCCCUCCUCACAUCACGUCUACGUAAAGCUUAAAAACCAAGCCUCCAAAAUUUCUUGGGGCAGCAGCUUUUCCAGCUGCAUGACAGAUGAGACGAUGCUGGGCUCCCGACAGCCGACGCAGGAGGAGCUGGAUGAGCCUCCCGUCGUCCUGACAGCUUCCCAGCUCCGACGGAGACUGAUGAAGGAGGCCAGCAUCGACCAGAGCUCCUUUGAGACUGAAGAUCUUCCGCAGAGCCAAGGAGAUGAUGACCACGAAGACCCAAAACAAGAUGAGGACGUGGAGAAGGGUGCAGACAUUAGUGGAAAAUCUGAUCAGGAUGAAAAGGAAGAAGCAAAAGAUGAUCAACAAUAUGAUCCAGAACUGGAGGCAGAUGGUCUGGAUGAAGAACUACAGCUGAGAGAGGAGAGUGAAUACUCCGGAUAUGUGGAGUGCACCUCAGUGGACGACCAACAGAGCGAUGAAGAAAAGGGUCUCGACUCCGCAGCGUCUCUUAGAGCUCUGACUCAGGAAACAAGGAACCUCACCGCCAGCGAGCUGCUGCUCAACAACAUGUUUGAAAACGAUGAGAUCUCAGGCUCUGAGAAGUUUUUCAAGACGUUGCCGAGGCCAGUGAAGCUGCUUUUCGCUCUCUACAACACCAUGGUGUCCAAGUCGGAGAUGCUGUGCUACUUUGUCAUCAUCCUCAACCACAUUGUGUCGGCCUCGUUUUUAACCCUCAUCCUGCCCAUUCUCAUAUUCCUCUGGGCCAUGCUGUCCGUGCCGCGGCCGACCAAACGCUUCUGGAUGACGGCUAUAAUCUACACGGAGCUUACAGUCGUAGUGAAGUACUUUUUCCAGUUUGGCUUCUUCCCCUGGACCACGUCCGCUUACAGAGGAAUCAACGCAGACCGGCCCUUUGCCCUGCCAAACAUCAUCGGGGUGGAGAAGAAAGACGGCUACGUCCUCUUUGACCUCAUCCAGCUGCUUGCUCUCUUCUUUCACCGAUCUAUUCUGAAGUGCCACGGGUUGUGGGAUAACAAGGAGGUCGAGAUGCCCGACUUCUUCAAGAAGCUGAAGAAGAAAGUGGACAAGAAGAAGAUGACAGGAGCGGAUAAGAUGGGGAGCAAAGAGAAACCUUCACGGCGGCUGAAGUUCCUCCCCUUCCAGGCCUCCACCACCUCCUUGUUCUGCAGAAGAAAGAAAAGCGACUCUGGUGAUUCUGUCGAGGUGAAGCCAAAGAAGCGCGCCAGCAGGAAGAAGGGAGGAGAGCGACGGACCGCCCCCUUGUCGAGGAAGCAGAGGAUCAGACAGCAUAUCAGAGAGAGGAUGCUGCAGGUCAAAACUGCCACCAUUGAAGUAGCUCUUCACAUCUAUCUGCCCAUAAGACAGUUUUUCUACGACAUCAUCCACCCCGAUUACAGCCCUGUGUGUGACGUCUACGCCCUCAUGUUUCUAAUCGAUGUCGUCAAUUUCAUCGUGACCAUAUAUGGAUACGGCGCCUUUGGGAAAUACUCUGCAUCCGUGGACAUCUCAGAGACUCUGUCAGAAGACCAGGUUCCUGAGGCCUUCCUGGCCAUGCUGCUCAUCCAGUUUGGCACCAUGAUCGUGGACCGUGCCCUGUACCUAAAGAAGUCUCUGCUGGGGAAAUGUGUCUUCCAGGUUGUGCUGGUGUUCGGCAUACACUUCUGGAUGUUCUUCAUCCUCCCUGGAGUCACAGAGAGGAGGUUCAACAGAAACCCGAUUGCUCAGCUUUGGUAUUUUGUGAAGUGCAUCUACUUUGGCCUGUCUGCCUAUCAGAUCAAAUGUGGCUACCCAAACCGCAUCCUGGGCAACUUCCUUACCAAGAACUACAACUACCUCAACCUCUUCCUCUUUCAAGGCUUCCGGAUGGUCCCUUUCCUCACUGAGCUGAGGGCCGUGAUGGACUGGGUCUGGACCGACACCACUCUGUCCCUCUCCAGCUGGAUUUGCGUUGAAGAUAUCUAUGCUAACAUAUUUAUCCUCAAAUGCUGGAGAGAGUCUGAAAAAAAAUAUCCGCACCCUCCAGGGCAGAAGAAGAAGAAGGUGGUAAAAUACGGCAUGGGAGGCUUCAUCAUCUUCGCCCUGAUCAGCAUCAUCUGGUUCCCGCUCCUCUUCAUGUCUCUGGUCCAGUCGGCGGUCGGGGUGACCAAUCAGCCGGUGGACGUCUCCAUCCAGCUCAGCAUCGCCGGAUACGAGCCUCUGUUCUCCAUGAGCGCCCAGGAGCAGAACCUGGUGGCGUACACCGACGCUGGAUUCAACCGCCUCACGAAAGUUUAUGCGACUCAUCCGGGUGCCAUGCAGUUCCUGAUGAACUACGAAGCAGAGGACAUUGUUGUUGCCAAAAUCAAGAGCGACGCCAGUCUGCUUUGGACCAUCAGCCCAGCCAGCCGAGCCGCAAUGAUCGAGGAGCUGAGCAACUCCUCUCACAUAUACAUGACGCUACGCUGGACGCUGCUCAGGAAUGCAUCCAUAUCCAUGAAUGUGGAGGCGGUGGGAGAACACACCGUGAAGUUUGACGACAGGGCCAUGAGGGAUGGGAUCGUCCAAAUGCUCAAAGGCAACAGCGACAAAGCAGUGAUGAUUCCUUCUCUUCUGCCAAAAUACAUCCGGGGUCCCAAAGGACAAGAAUCCAAAAUGGCAACCAGGAUGUCAGUAGGGGACCACAGGGGCCUUUCCUUCUUCAGGCCCAUGUCCAUCAAGCUUCAGCAGGUCAACGGGACGACAGACAAAGAGGCGGACCAGUGGUGGGUGGUAGAGGAGUGCCCCUCGGUUCUCGCCUCCCCCGAACAAAAAUGCCACAGCAUCGAGAUUGUGGUGUUCAACGACAAAGUCAGCCCUUCAAGCCUGGGCUUUCUGGCCGGACACGGAAUUGUUGGCCUUUACAUGUCGGUGGUGCUCGUCAUUGGGAAGUUUGUCCGGGAAUUCUUCAACGGGAUAUCUCGCUCCAUCAUGUUUGAGGACCUGCCCUGCGUGGACAGAGUCCUGAAGCUCUGCACGGACAUCUUUGUGGUGCGGGAGACCGGGGAGAUGGAGCUGGAGGAGACGCUGUUCGAGAAACUCAUCUUCCUCUAUCGCUCGCCAGAGACCAUGAUCAAGAUGACCAGAGAGAAGAAAGACAGCUAGGACUCACAGACCCCCCCCCACUGUCAGCAUGGGUUGAAAAUGUUCACUUCGCUGUUGUAGGAGAGAGCAAAGAUAAAGGUGGAAAACUCAGGAGGAACCACCAAACACCAUCUAGCAAGAUCUUGGAUUCAGGUUUUUAACUUGGUGUAAAAAGCAAAAGAUAGUUCCUGAUACAGAAAAGGUUGUUCUCCACUUCUCUGUAGUUUUGUGACAACCUGAAUUUUUUUUUAAUAGGGAAGUCAAUCCUUUAAGCACAAUAAGAAAAAAAAAAACACACCAAAGACAAAAACCUGACAAGCUAAUAUAAUCUAUUAGGGAACGUCCUUAAUUAGCAUUUUGCUGCUAUAAUAGUUUUGUUAAAUUUAUCUGAUCCGGGCUAAAGUGAAAACAAAUCAGUUUAACUGAAACAUACCUGGAGAACAGGCCAUGGUUGCUAAACAUUUGGGUGCUUUUAAAUUAUGUUCAUAGAAAGAUAAAACACCACUGGGACAUGAAGGAGGGGAAGGUUAUAAAACAUUUUUUAGAUCCCUGCAUCAACCAAAGGGCUAGCAGGUCGUUUAAUUAAAGGAUUUAUUCCUCAUGUCAUGUUAGUCAAAGUCAGCACUGUACAUCUGCAGGUUUUGCACAACCUGUAUGAGACAGCUUGACUGAAACAGCUGUUUUAAAUGUUGACUUAAUUGAUUUGGUGGAUGUACUGCUAAAAAAAAAAAAAAAUACAAAGUGCAAACUAGUGCAAAGGGUAAAUUUAAAUCAUUACGUUUUGACUAGAAGCCUUCAAUGGUUAGGUUUUCCAAGUCUUUAACCAUGAUGUUAACUGAAAAUUCAAUAUUGUAGGUAAUUUCAUCCUAAAAUGACAUUUUCUCUAGUCACUAUAUUUUAAACCCUUAAAAAAAAAAAAGAGCAGAUCAAUAUGAGCACUGAUCUGUUAGACAACAGACCUGCCUUAACAUGCUCCUCUCAGCACAAAUAUCAAUUAUCUGAAUUAGCUAGUCAUUAAAAAAAAAAAUUUGCAUUUUGCAAUGUUUGCAACUCAAAUGUGGUCAAGUACUCCUGCCAGUUUAUAGCCCACUUUGCAAUGCAUGUGUCUGAUGGGUUUGGGUUCAGGACACGAUGGAUGCCUCUAUACCGGUGAACUCCAGACUUGAACGAGGAAAUGUAGCGAAUCACUCAUGCCUCUGUAAAUACCGUGUUUCCGUACAUCACCAUGUGCGCUCACGAAUAUUAAAUACCAAACGUUGUUACACAAAAGCGUGUCAGUGUUUCAUUCUGCACAUCUUUACUACGUCCACAAACAGACCACCAAAGAGGCAGACAUCGUUUACCAGUCAUUUUUAAUUACAAAUGAAAAAGGACAAUUUCAUUCAGGUCCCGGUCUCCAACGGGUCAACAAGAUGUUUCCCAGCUCUUCUCGCUUUCUUCUCCAUGUUUUGAAGGACAGGAGGGCAACAGGGCCUCACAACCC